UUUGCGGGAACAGCUGGGUGGACCUCCGUCUAAACUCUGCUUCGCUGCUCUUCAGAGUGAUGAUGGCUGACGGGCUGUGAGACCGACUAGCUGCCGGAGUUUAGUGUUCGAUUCCCCGCUGCGUCAUGGACUUCAACGUGAAGCGGCUCGCCGCGGACGCCGGUACCUUCCUGAGCCGGGCGGUGCAGUUCACAGAGGAGAAGCUCGGCCAGGCUGAGAAGACCGAGUUGGACGCUCAUCUGGAGAACCUGCUGGUCCGAGCUGAGACCACCAAGCAAUGGACGGAGAGGAUCAUGAAGCAGACAGAGAUCCUGCUUCAGCCCAACCCGAAUCUCCGGCUCGAAGAAUUUGUCUACGAGAAACUGGAGAAAAAAGCCCCACCGCGGGUGAACAAUCACGAACUGCUGGGCCAGUCUAUGAUCGAGUCUGGAAAUGAGUUUGGUCCUGGCACCGCCUACGGGAAUGCUCUGACAAAAUGUGGAGAGACGGAGAAACAGCUCGGCGGAGCAGAGCGGGAGCUCAUCCACAGUGCAGCCAUCAACUUCCUGACACCUUUCAGAAACUUUCUAGAGGGCGACUUCAAAACCAUCCUGAAAGAAAGAAAGCUGCUGCAGGUCAAACGCCUGGAUCUGGAUGCAGCCAAGACGAGGCUAAAGAAAGCCAGGAUGGCUGACGCAAGAGCCGUGGCUGAGCAGGAGCUGAGGAUGACCCAGAGUGAGUUUGACCGGCAGGCCGAGAUCACCCGGCUGCUGCUGGAGGGCGUCAGCAGCACCCAUGCACACCAACUACGCUGCUUGAAUGACUUUGUGGAGGCCCAGACUACGUACUACGCACAGUGUUACCAGUACAUGGUGGAUCUCCAAAGGCAGCUGGGCAGUUUCCCCUCGUCAUUCUCCAACAACAACCAGUCGUCGGUGUCGGGCGGGGCCAGCAUCUCGGUGCCCACCAUCCCGGUGUCGUCGGCCUCCUUGCCCAGCGUGUCGGGGGGCCACGGCAGCUCUGCAAUGUCGGGCGGAUUUAACGAGUUGCGCAGCUCCAACGGCAGCCGUAAAGCCCGAGUCCUCUACGACUACGACGCUGCCAGCAGCAGCGAGCUCUCCCUGCUCGCCGAUGAGGUGAUCACAGUCAGCAGCGUCCCGGGCAUGGAUUCCGACUGGCUGAUGGGUGAGCGCGGCAGCCAGAAGGGCAAAGUGCCGAUCACCUACCUGGAGCUGCUUAACUGAGCCCACAUUGUGAUCCCAUAUUUAUCUCGUGAUGCGGGGGACAGGCCUCACUUUCUCCUCCAUUUCAGUAAUUUUUACAAUGAGUUUUACUUGUAUGAAAAGAAGAUGGGAGUCUCGCUUUUAGACGACUCGAGCUGGAAUGAAUUCAUCCGAGCGAGGGGAAAGGAAACGGACCCAUUCCCUGACGUGUUUGUAUGCAACUGCAGUACAUUUCUUAAGCCUGCUUCCAUGCCUUUUGUGUUUGAUGCCAUGCAAUCUGCGAUAUGUACCAGAGCAUCCCCCCAAAUUUUAACUCUUUAAAAACAAUGUUUUGUUUACAAUAUUUUAUACCUGAAUGAUCAUUUUUAUUUUUCCCAAGUAGUGAAACAGUAGGUAAAAUUCUAAAGGCAUAAAAAAGCACUUCAGUUGGAAGUGGAGAGAGUGAGGCUGAUUAUUUUAAAGUCUUAUUUUAUGAUUGAUGAGCUCAUGGCGCACUAGCUCUUAUGGUUAUCCCCUAAGUAUGAACAGAUCUUUUUCUUAACAGUAUCAUAUGUGUUGUGUGUCAGCUUUAUUCACAUGAAGCCUUACUGCACAGCGAGUCACGCACUGUUCCUUUAGCCACGUGGAAGUUAAUGAAAGUCACAUGUCCUCCACGAUAUGAAGUGUCUUAUAACAAAGGAUCAGUCUAAAACCAUAAGCUUUUUUUGCAGCGACACCAGCAGUAUUGAGACUCUUCCCAGUCUCCUCUCUUUGUAUUUGGAAACCAACAUUUCAACAUUUAUCAGCUCUCGGAUCAAUUGAUUCAUUAAUGAAUUGUUCAUACGCACACAAUUUGUGAUGCGUUUAGUGCCUCAAGCUGUUUGUUUGCUCUAAAUGAAUUAUAUUUGACUGUCAUCACACACCAGUUCAUCAGUUUCCCCCUAAACCAGCAUUUCAAGGCCACAUUAAAAACAAUUCCUGUUACGUUCUGGGAGAUUUAAGUAUAUUACUAUACGGCUGCUUUUUGUUAUGUGUGUAACUGAUAAAAAACAAGCAUACAAUUGUAAAAUAAAUAUGCAAUAUUGUGCAGUUAAAUAAAAGAAAUAUCACUUA